GUGAUCCAAACUGCGAGGUAACAGAACAAUCUUCAGUCGUGUGGACAGAAACAUUGAACUCACCUGCCUGUUCAAGAAAGAAUAUUGUUUUCAAUGCUUUCGAUACUGCUUCUACUGUAUUGAGCCUUGGAACAACUAUUGGACUGGGUAUCACUUCUUUUUUCACUCCGGUUGGGCCUGCGUUGGUUGGGGCAGGAAUAAUCACUGCUGGCGUGAGCGGAGCCUGGACUAUCACCAGAAGUUCGCAGAAGUUACUAGAUCGGGGUUUGCAUGAAGAAUCCGUUAAUACAAUGGACAAGAACACAAUUUCUGCAUGGCUCGGAAUAACUGGCACAGCUCUAACAUUAGGAGCAAGCGGUGGAACGAUGCUUCUCUCAAAAGCCAUCGAAAAAGGCAAUCGCAUAAACACAGCAACCAAAGCAGUAUAUAAUUCCAUGAUACUAGGCAAUCUAGCAAUAAAUGGAAUUGGUGUAAUCUAUCAAGGCUGUUGUGUAAUCAACAAAUACCAAGAGAAAAGACAAGUCGUUAUGUUCGACAUAAUUAUCUUCAGCUCCCACGUUUUGUUCUUCAGCAACUCUGUUUUAAAUGCUAAACUAGCUAAUGACCUUGUUACAUCGUCCAACGGGACCAUUCUAGAUAAAUUUAAAAACACUUUACGUUUCACACGGUUCCGUAAAGAGUUUAAUAGAAUAAAAGGAGUAAAUGGGAACAGAAUAUUAAAAGAUCUAAUGUAUCAAGUGAAACAUGUCACUAGCAAAGAAGAUUUUCUCAGUAUAUUUCAGAGGUUCGAAUCAACCUUUAGAAAUAACAAAAUAGUCGUAAAUGGUAUAGAAUUGAUAGAUCCAAUUGCGGUUGCUAGACAUUUACUAGUGAUCGGUAGGUUUGGACUGAAUUUCAUAAAUUGUAAUUUGUCGUUAGAGCUCAAAAACAGAAUAGUGUCAUUGAAAAGUGUCUUAUUGGAUCUGUUAAAGAAUUGCUAUUCGAAACGAUUUAUUGCACAGAAAGAUUCGAAUGAUGUGAAUUGUUUCAACAAUACAUUGGAAGAAAUAUCCCCUAUGGAGAACGGGACGGACAUUUUGAAAAUGAUUAUCAAAAUAGGUGUGACUGUGUUAGAACAUUCUAACGAAUCAGAAAUAUUUUUGCAUGAUGUUGUUUAUUUUAUUUGGGAAUACUCUAAAGCAAAUCUACACAACUAUGUAAUAAACGCAUGUUCUCCCUUCAAAAACAGUAGCAAUUUGUAUAACGCGUUGACUAAAAUUGUCACGUCUAUAUUUAACAUUAUCGAUGAUAUAAAUCAAGAGCUUUACUUCGCUUUUAAAGAGUACACAUUAAGUAUAGGACAUUGA